GGUGACGCGCCCGCCGCUCAUUCCGGUGUGUGGCGCGGGCGGCGCGGCCGGGCAGAGCCGAGCAGGUGCCGGAGAUGGCGGGUCGCGCCCAGCCCAGCGGCGGCCCCGGUCCGGGGCUCCUCCCGCUCCUCUUGCUGCUCCUCUCCGCCGCCGCCGUCAUCCGCACAGGCGAUGGCCAGAACCUGGUGACCGAGGACGUGACGGUGGUGGAGGGAGAUGUGGCCACCAUCAGCUGCCGCGUCAAGAACAGCGACGACUCCGUGAUCCAGCUGCUGAAUCCCAACAGGCAAACCAUCUACUUCCGGGAUUUCAGGCCGCUGAAGGACAGCAGGUUCCAGCUGGUGAACUUCUCCAACAGUGAGCUCCGAGUGUCCCUGACCAACGUGUCCAUUUCUGACGAGGGGAGGUACUUCUGCCAGCUCUACACCGACCCCCCCCAGGAGAUCUACACCACCAUCACAGUGCUUGUCCCACCACGCAACUUGGUCAUCGACAUCCAGAAAGAAGUCGCUGUGGAGGGAGAAGAGAUUGAGCUGAACUGCACUGCCAUGGCCAGCAGACCAGCCACUACCAUCAGAUGGUUCAAAGGGAACAAGGAGCUGACUGGCAAGUCAGAGGUGGAGCAGUGGCUGGACAUGUACACAGUGACCAGCCAGCUGGUGCUGAAGGUGGGGCGGGAGGACGAUGGGGUCCCUGUCAUCUGCCUGGUGGAUCACCCUGCAGUCAAGGACCUGCAGACACAGCGCUACUUGGAAGUCAUGUAUAAGCCUCAAGUGCGGGUGUCUCAGAACUACCCGGUGCAAGGCCUGACGAGGGAAGGGGAGCCGCUGGAGCUGACCUGCACAGCCUUUGGAAAGCCACAGCCUACGGACAUGAGGUGGUUAAGAGUAGAUGAUGAGAUGCCUCAACACGUUGUAGUGUCUGGUUCAAACCUUCUCAUUAGUAACCUAAACAAAACAGAUAAUGGUACAUACCGCUGUGAGGCUUCAAACGCGGUGGGGCAGUCGCAUGCGGAUUACUUGCUGUUUGUAUACGAUCCCCCCACAACUAUCCCUCCUCCCACAACAACCACCACCACUACCACCACCAUCCCUACCACCAUCACAGACACAACGGCGACGACAGAACCGGCAGUUCACGGCUUUACUCACUUGCCCAAUUCGGCAGAGGAGCUGGACUUUGGGGAUCUCUCAGGUACUCCUGUCUCGCUAAAUGCUUCAACGGAGGCUCUGCCAACCAUGCACUUAAGUAACGCAUCCCUUGCCUUCCGCCCAGAUUCCCGUGCGGGUGAGGAAGGGGUGAUCCGGAGCGUGGACCACGCGGUGGUCGGGGGCGUUGUGGCCGUGGUCGUGUUUGCCAUGCUUUGCCUGCUCAUCAUUUUAGGGCGAUAUUUUGCCAGACAUAAAGGUACAUACUUCACCCACGAAGCCAAAGGAGCAGAUGAUGCGGCCGACGCAGACACAGCCAUCAUCAACGCAGAGGGAGGACAGAACAACUCCGAGGAGAAGAAAGAGUACUUCAUCUAGAGCAGCCUUGGUCUCCAUGAGGUGUCCAACCGUGGACGGUUACUACUGGCCCUAUUUAAACGCUACAGAGACAGUGAUGUGGGAGGUUGCAACCAGCUUGUGUCUUUUCUUUUGUUUUUUCUUAGAGAAAAAAAAAGCCAGUGGGAGGAGGAAGAGGAGGAGGAGGAGGAGGAGGAGAAGUUGUGCAAGGCUGGGAGGGUCCGGGAUUUGCUGUGUAAAAAUAUUCCUCGUAAAGUACACUCUGCUGUUCGACACCUCAGUUUGUUUGGGUUUUCUUUUUUUGGCCAAGUCCAGCUUGGAUUUAGUUUAGUGAAGUCAUUUGCAGAAGAUUCUGUGCCUUGUUUUAAUUUCUGUUCGUCGGGGUCGGGGGGGGGAGGCUGGGAAGAAGAGGAGCUUCUGUGCGUUAGCUCCCUUCGGGUUUCUGUGGCUCUUCGUUUCCCCUUUCCUGUUCUGUUCCCAGCGCUGCCUGCUGGGGCCCCGUGCAGUAGUUGGGUUUCUUUGAAGGUGUUUCUCUUUCUUUUUUCUCUUCACCGUUUUGCGUUCAGCACUCGAGCUCAUCGGGGGAGAACCAGCACAUUUUAGAUUCCGUAGUUCACAGUCCAGUGUGCCCAUGUCCCAUCCCCUUCAUCGUCACGAAGGCUUGGAUGCGCAGACGGCGAGGAGCCGUUCGUGGCUGCCCACAGCUGCUUCUGGUGCUUUCCCUGGCGGCGACUCGGCACAAGGCUGGAGCUCGGCACAGGCACGGGUGGGAGCAGGAGCAGGAGCCUCCCAGCAGGAGCCUGGGAGUUUUCCUCCCAGCAGGGGCACGGAGCCUGCUCAGAGGUGCCCCACUCCCGACCAGGCUCGGCAGGGACGCUGGCUCGGGCCCUUUGCCGCUUCGUUCUGCUUGCUCAGCUCCCCACCCGCUCUGUGGGACAGACGUAGCCCUCCCACGGGACAGGGGGCUGCAGGCACUCUUCUUUUGCCAUCCUCCCCCCUCCUUCCGCAGGCGCAGGGCACGGGGGGGGGGCGAUCGCCUUCGCCCCAGCUGGAGCCGAGCCCCCGGCACGGCCGGGCCAGCGCCGUCGCCUUUUUAACAGCCGCUGAGUAAAGGUGGGAACCUGCGUCCAACGCCAGCGCUCACUGACUUCUAAAGCCAUAGGUGAAACCGAGACUCUAGGGAGAUCAGGACCAGAGCGGGGAGAAGGUGGUGGUCAGAUUGCGUCUGCUGACUCUUUUUUGGUGAGGAAUCGUGGAUUUAGAGCAAUCCUUUUUUUGUUCGUUUUCUUUCUUUCUUUUACCUGUGUUUCUGUGGAAAAUGUCUGCGGGUUUAUUUAAGGGAAGCAUUAAUCUAGCGUCAGGUUUGGUUUCUUUUCGGGUGUUUGAGGGGAGUGGGUUUGUGCAUUUAUUAUUUUAUCUGUUUGUUCGGAUUGGUUUUGGCAGAACCGUGGCAGUGCGGGAGGGAGUCCUGGGGGAAGGGGGUGGUCCGCGGGCGCUGAGCGCCUCCGUCCUGCAGCGGCGUUCUGCCCCUUCCCCUCCUCAGGAGAAGACCCUUGCGGGGAUGUCCCUUUCUCGUGUCGAGCGCAGCUCUUUUCUGAGCCUUCAGCACCAUUGCCAAACCACACCGUGGUGAGAAGCAGUCAGCAGGUUGGAGUGGGGGCGGGGGGAGGGGUGUCCUUUCCUCGCCCGCGGGGCGCGGGGGCGGCGUCCUGGUUGUGAGCAGCCCAUCUUUGUUUUGGAAGUGUUCCUAGUGCAGUGUGACCGAUGUAACUUUGACUUACGAUGUUGACAUGUCUCAGGUUCAUGUGUUUUGGUGUUUUUUCCGUCUCAGGUAGAUUGGCAAAAUUUCGGCCCCACACAUUGGGAAAAAAAAACAAAAAACAACACAACAACAACAACAAACAAAAAAAAAAAAAGGCAAACAAAACCGAACAACAAAACCAAGAAGGAAAUGAAAGCAGGAUCAAAAAGCAGGAAAUUCGCAUUUUAGUUGUAUAUUGGUUUCUGUACUUUUCCUCAGUAUCCAGUGCACUGUUUGAAAUGUAUUGUUGAGUAUUACUUUGUACAGCUUUAGAUCAUUAGGAGUUUGAAGCGUGAAGAAAGAACAACCUUGUUUAGAGGAGUGCUGGGAGUGAAGGACGCCCGAGCCGAUGAUAAACAACCUUGUUCUUUAUUCACCCGGCCUCUUGAGUUUUUUUCCCCUUAGGCCAGUUCUGUUUUAAGGUGUCCAUGGAAGAUGUUACAGUGUAAGGAAGUACAUAUCCAUCUCUGCCCAUUCACAUUUUGUAUUGGUUCAUGUAUCCCAUUUUUACAAAGGAAAAGAAGUACUAUAAGAUAUCUGUCUUCUUAAUAAAAAACAUUAAUGUUACAAA